UUUCACAACUGCCUUAUUUUGCCUGGACAUGAAUUUGGAUGAAUCCAUUUGCCAAGAGUUAAUAUGGACAACGCCAACAAUGAGGGCAUAUUUUCUCUGCGUCUGGUAAUAGCCGACUUUUACAUGGAAAAACCGGUACCCGGUUUGGAUCCGGUCUACUCAGAGUUUCGUGGCAAGGAAAUUAAAAGGGUGCCAAUUAUACGGGUUUUCGGUUCAAAUGCUCAAGGCCAAAAGACUUGCAUGCAUGUGCAUGGAGUUUUCCCAUAUUUCUAUGUACCCUAUGACCAGAAAGACUUUGAGUCGGUAAAUAAGGCAGUAUAUCAGUUAGCCAUGAAUUUGGAUAAGGCCAUAAAUGUGUCUCUAAGUCAGGGAAGUUCAGGGGCGCAGCAUGUUUUUAAAGUGCAAUUGGUUAAGGGCAUACCUUUUUAUGGCUAUCACCGCUCCGAGCAUCAGUAUUUAAAAAUAUAUAUGUUUAAUCCCCGCUUCGUAAGGAGAGCCGCAAAUCUGCUGCAAAAUGGAGCCAUAAUGAACAAAAAUUUCCAUCCGCAUGAAGCUCAUGUCCCUUAUGUCUUGCAAUUCAUGAUUGACUACAAUUUGUAUGGAAUGAGCUUUAUACAUGUUCCCUUGGAAAUUGUAAAGUUUCGUCGCAGUGAUGCCAACGAGUUGGUGCCCUUUAAGAAUCUCAAGGAAACACAGAUUUUAGACAACAAUGUGGUUAAGAAGCUAUCCUGCAGCACACUUGAAUGUGAUAUUGGUUCCAGUUUUAUAUUGAAUCGAUUUCAGUUGGUCUCUAAAUCAACAAAUACAGCACAUUCCAAUCCAGGCAUUGAGUCGAUAUGGAAUGAUGAGAAACUGCGUAGACAGAAAAUGGCUCAGGCUCUUGGCGAUGAUGAGGAGAAAUUAAAGGCAAUACCUGCUCUUGAGGUGCCAGCUACACAAGAUAGACCAAAUAUCUAUCCAACCGAAAGUGAAACCUUCUAUCGCACAGCCUUAUUAAGCAAACUCUUGGCCUUGGAAACAUCCGCCUUAGAAAAUACCCAGUUAUCUGAUCAAACCAUUAAUUGUACUCUACAAUCAAACGUCACUAAUGCAAGCAAUAUUAAUUUGAAUUUAAGUCUUUCCACUGCCAAACAACAAAAACGAACAUUUAACUUAACAAAAAUGCUACAAAAUUCAGUGUAUCCUGAGGAGUGCAGUCAAAAGGAUAAUUUGAUAAAUGCCUCAUUUGUGGCAAAUCAUUUAUCCAAUAACAAUGCAUUUCAGCAAAGUUUGUCGCUGGAUUUGACUUCUUUGGAGAGUGAUGGAACUGCAAAGCUUGCAGAGGAUGAGAGUAUAUUCCUUGAAGAAACCAUAGUUGAUGAGGAAUUGGUGUUAAACUUGACGCAGUCGCAGAAUAAGCAACAUGUACCACACAAUGCAACAUUGCGUGAUGAAGAUGUAGAACUAUUGGACAUUCUACAGCAACUAGAAGAUGACAAUAACAGCGAGAAAAUUGACUUGGACAGCAGUUUAGCGCCACUUAGUCAAACUCACAACAAUUUGGAUGUUUUAUCUCCGCAACUUUUGGAUAAAGAAACCACCGCCGCAGCUAAGCAGCAAUCCUGUUUGCCAGAUUUUGAAUCCGAUCACGAAGAUGACGAAAAGGACGACGAUAAUAUACAUGAUUUUUCUGUGGCAUUGGAGAAUUUAGAUGAUCUUAUAUUGAAACUAACACAAACAGCUACAGAAACUUCUAUUCUAGCAUCACUGCCACAAACUGAUGGAUCGGAUGAUGUACCAAGGACUCCGACCAAAUCAACAAAAGCUAAUAUAAGCUCAAAAACACCACCGCGCACCCCUACAACCCCGAAACAGCGGCGUUUGGUUCUUGCCGGUUCGCCCACCCGUUCUCCGAGAACUCCGAAAAGUGGUCAUAAAUAUAAGCCAUUACCAUUGAUAAUUACAAAUUUAUCUACUGGCAAAAAAAUUAUUACUAGUUCUGUCCAUAACCCGACAACGCCUAGUAAACCAAGUGCAGCAGCUGAACAAUCUACCAAUCUACCUUUAGCUUCUUUACGCAAGAAACUGGCACUGACAGAAUUACGUCGCAAAAGUAUUUCUUUGGAAUCCAAUAUCCCAGACAUUCAAAAUGAACCGGUGGAAAUCGUUGAUAUGACAAAGUAUAACACCAAAAGACGAUCGACAAAAAGAAUGGUCGACUUGGAUAAAACGCAUGUCACUUGCAAUUUAACACCACGACGAACAAAUGAAAAAUUUCUCAAAGUCUACAAUGUUGAAAGUAAGUCUCCAAGUAAGGAGCAGAAUAUUCUUAACAGCAUUGCGUCUGCCGUUGCCGCAAACAUAAUGGAAACAAAUGAAAGUAACUCAACGACUUCUAAAGAAGCUACCCCAAAAGAUAUUCCCCAACAGUCUAAGGAUAGCGAAACAAAAACUAAAACUAAUGCAGCCAGUUGUUCUAAUUACAAAGUAAAUCCUAUUCUUGUUCCCUCUGAUGAUGAUAAUGACGAAAUUAUUGCUUCGGAUAGUGAAGCGGAAAAUGUAUCUUUUCGCCACAGAAAAACUCCAAAUUUAAAGCGACUACGUAGAAGCUUUCUAAUGGCACACUCUGUCAAAAGACGUAAAAUGGCAUGUUCCGAAGCCAAAGGAGUUAAUUCUUCUAAAUUUUUUAAUGAUUCGUCAAAGUCGGUGAGCGAUAGUAGGGACAUAAGUGCCACCAACACUAAAACGGCUGAGAAAAAAGAACCUUCGCCUCCUCACAUAACUAUGCAAAAAGAAUGGACUUCGGAGUUAAUGGGUGAGAAGCUAUCACUUCCAUGUUCGUCUCAAAAAUGUGGAUCAGGUGUUGCAACUCAAAACUAUUUGAAUGUCGAAAAGGAAAAUCACUCCAGAGUUACGAAAAGUAAAACCAAAUGUGAUUCCAGAGAAGAAGAAUAUCAGAAUAUCCAGCAACAAAAACCAAAACAAACCAACGUCCUUUCAGUAAUGGAGCAUUGUGCAGAAAAUUGUAAGACAAAUGCAGAUUCAGAAACUUUAGGAGAAAGCAUUAAAACAGGCAACUGUCCUCCCUCAAAUGAUGUAAGAAAAAGCAGAAGAAACAUUUCUAAUCAGUGUGGUGAAACCUCUGAUCACCCAAAGAACACAAAACCGAGUGUAUUGUCAAAUACUAAAGAGAAGGUUGUGACAACUAAUGAAGCUGCAAGAGAUUUGAAAGCUGCAGAGGGACCAGUGGGCAAAGUUUCAUUGAAUAACAAGAAAACAGAUGAGUCUACUACCUCAAAUGGUUUAAGAAAAAGCAAAAGAAAUCCUUUUAACCAGUAUGGUCAAGCUACUUACCAACCAAAUAACAUGAGGAAUAUAAAAACGAGGGGAUUGCCAAAUACUGAAGGGAAGGCUGUGGCCACUUAUGAAGCUACACAAGAUUUGAAAAGCAAACGAAACAUUUCUAAUCAGUUUAAUGAAGCUAAGAACAUAAAAACGAGGGGAUUAUCGAAUAGUAAAGGGGAGGUUGUGACCACUAAAGAAGCUACAGAAGAUUUGACAGCUACGAGAGGGCCAGUAGAUAAAAGGUCAUCAAAUAAAAAGAAAGAUUUGGAAAAGAACAAAGAAAUGGCUUUGCAUCAAAAUCACAACAGAAAUUCUAAACCAAGUAUUAAUAGGGAGCAAGAUAAGUCCGAUGGAGCAAGCAAUUCCAAGUUACAGCCUAAAAACGCUUGUCCUAAUGUAAAACUUUCAGAGGGGGAAAACACAAUCAAAAAGUGUCAGGUGCGAUUAAAACGUAUUUCAGAACAAUAUUUUCCAAGGAAUCAUAUAAACGAGAGCCUUAAAUACUCAAAAGAUGGAGAGCUGCCUAUGGAAGAACAGCAUUUCAAAUUGGCCAGCAAAUACAACAACAGUUCAGCUGAGGGAAUAUCUACAUCUCAAAUUGAGGACCAUGCUAAUUUCAAAACUCCCGAUAAUCUUGAAUUCGAGAUGGAGAAAUCAGAAAUUGGUAAAAGUGAAAAACAAAAUGAGAGUGUAGAGUCAAUGGAAAAUUUAAGAUUGGAAACUGAAGAUAGUUUGGAAUCUGAGAAUAGUUCCAAAGAAAAUUCCCUGAUAGUGCUAUCAAGUGAGGAAACAAAAAUAAAUGGAAAUAAAUCUUUAUCGGGAAUAGAGAGCUUGACUUCAGAAAUCAAAGAAUCGAAAGCGGAACAACAAGAUAAUGAUGACAAUAUACGAAAGGCUCUCCUAAAACUCUCAUCUUUGCUCUCCAAUGAUUGUCUGGAAGACUCGGCUAAGAGCACAGCACCAAGUUUCGUAAUGCCAUCACCUUCCCUAGAGUUCAUAGCUGAAUCGCCACCUUUUGCAAGUUGGGAUGACGAAAUAGGCUGUACUCCUACACCUCCCAUGGCAAAUGCUGUCAAAGAAAGCAAAACUCCGAGACUAUGUGAAAAGUCAAUCGAUUUAAAUAGCCCUCUAUUGUUUACCCAAAACUCAAGUCCAUAUGCUGUGCCUCAAAAUAAGGAGGUGAGCAUAGUUUUGUCAUCUUCCAAUAGCACAGAUGCCCAUGCCCAUUCCACUGACAUGCAAUCGUUAAUAGUAUUGACACCCUUAGAUUUGCCUCCCAACCGAGAGGAGGUUAUCAAAGGUUGCAGCAAGCUGAAAAUUCCCGAAUAUAAAUUUCAACACCCAUUUUACAGCAAUCCUGAUGAUGUCACCAAACAUAAGGAAGUUGGGUUUACAAUUUUGCAAAUAAAUAGCAAUAAACUCAAUGAUUUGGAAGAAUUCCAAAGUGUUUUGGGGGGCCAAAUUAAAGGCCUUACAGCCUGGAGACGGCAACAAUUGGCCUUGCUGGGUGGGCCCGAGAUGCUUACGAAAUAUCGGAAUAGCCAACGCAUAAGGGAAUAUUUUGCCUCCCAAAAGAGGGUGAGUAUUGAGCCACAAAUAAAUGCCCCCUCGAGGCAAGAUGCCAAACUUUGGCUUAAAGCUCGUGAAUUGAUGAAAAGUAAAGGCAAUGCCGAAGAGUUGGAGCAGAAAGUUGGUGCUCUUCACCACCAAGAGGAUAGUCCCAUUAAAAUACGUCGACAGAAGGUAACUAUGAUGUUAAAUGCCGCCGACUCUAAUGGAUCCGGUGAGGAUAGCGAUAACAGCUUGGACACCUCUUCAAUGAGUCUAACGUUGACUCCCUUAACCCCUGGCACACCAGUGCAAAGUGAUUUAAGGGAGAAGUUGAACAAAAGUUUUACUCCUGUGACCACAAAAUUUGAAAAAAUUCCCUUAGAACGCCUGCCUAGCUUUAGAAGACGUGACAAUAGACGUGUUCUGCGUAGAGUUUCACUCAAUCAAAAAUUAAGACAAGCAUUGGAAAAAGAGGCAAACUCGCAUAGUCGAGAAAGCUCUCAGGGAGUAACAUCAGAAAUGACUGAAAAAUGCAAAGAGUUAUUGCAUAGAGAAACUUCCUCCCAGAGUAGAGAAAGCUCUCAAGGAAGAGAAGCUACUUCUCAGUCGGCUGAGGAGAGUGUUAUACCUCAUUCUUCCCAAAAUAGUGAGACAAGUGUUUCAAGUCAAACAGCCUUGGCCGAAAUGGAACGCUCUUCAUUUUUACGUCAAAUAGCAGCACAUGAUGUUACCAUGGCCGGGAAUGAGUCAACCUUGAAUAGCAGUUUUGGUUUCAAAGUGGCUCUAGAAAAUCUUCAAGAAGCCAAAGCCGAUAUAGAGUUUAACUAUCUUACCAUCAUAACCUUGGAAGUGUUUGUUGCUACUCGCGAAGAUCUGUUUCCAAAUCCCCAAAUAGAUGAAAUACGCUGUCUAUUUUAUGCCAUCGAAAAUAGUAUACCCAAUGAUCACAUUGACAACGAUAAAAAAUUACCUCGCAAGGCAUGUGGUUACAUAAUGGUACAUGAUCCCCGCGACAUUCAUCCCAAAGAAGGUCGUAUACACGGUCUAGACAGUGACUUGGAGGUAACCAUUGUCCAGAGCGAAGUUGAAGCAUUGGAGUCUUUGUUAGGUCUAUGUGCACGUUGGGAUCCUGAUAUUUAUGCCGGCUAUGAGAUUGAGAUGUCUUCGUGGGGUUUUAUCAUCGAUAGAGCAAAAUAUUUGUGUCUAAACAUAGCUCCCCUGCUGUCGAGAGUGCCGUCGCAAAAGACAAGAGAUUUUGUCGAUGAGGAUCGUGAACAAUUUACCGAUUUGGAUGUAGAGAUGAAAUUAUGUGGAAGAAUUCUAUUGGAUGUUUGGCGUUUAAUGCGUUCCGAAAUAGCAUUGACCUCUUACACAUUUGAAAAUGUCAUGUAUCACAUUUUACACAAACGAUGCCCCUGUCACAGCUUUCGCUCAUUAACCGAGUGGUAUUUUUCCCCUGGUUCACGUUGGAUAGUCCUGGAAUACUUUUUGGAAAGAGUGCGAGGAACUUUGGCACUGCUGGAUCAAUUGGACCUGAUUGGUCGUACCAGUGAAAUGGCAAAACUAAUAGGAAUACAAUUUUAUGAAGUACUGUCGAGAGGAUCCCAAUUUCGGGUGGAAAGCAUGAUGUUAAGAAUUGCCAAACCUAAAAACUUAGUCCCCCUAUCUCCCAGUGUACAGCAAAGAGCUCAUAUGAGAGCGCCCGAGUAUUUACCCUUGAUAUUAGAACCCCAGUCGCGCUUUUAUGCUGAUCCCUUGAUUGUGUUGGAUUUCCAGAGUUUAUAUCCCAGCAUGAUUAUAGGUUACAAUUAUUGUUUUUCCACGUGCUUGGGGCGUGUAGAACAUUUGGGACAAUCCACUCCAUUUGAGUUUGGCGCCUCACAAUUACGCGUUUCUCCUGCCAUGCUCAGGAAGUUGGUUGAUCGCGAUCUCAUUACCAUCUCUCCUUGCGGUGUAGUAUUUGUCAAGUCUUCCGUGCGCGAGGGCAUACUGCCUCGUAUGCUAACAGAAAUUUUGAAUACCCGCCAAAUGGUUAAACAGUCCAUGAAGCUGCACAAAUCAAAUUCGGCACUACAGCGGAUUUUGCAUUCACGACAAUUGGGCUUGAAGCUAAUGGCCAAUGUUACCUAUGGUUAUACGGCAGCUAAUUUCAGUGGUCGCAUGCCAGCCGUAGAAGUAGGUGACUCUGUUGUGGCCAAGGGCCGUGAAACUUUGGAAAGAGCCAUAAAAACUGUGGAGGCCAAUGAAAAUUGGAAUGUCAAGGUUGUCUACGGUGAUACGGAUUCUUUGUUUGUUUUAGUACCUGGUCGUAAUCGUGAAGAGGCUUUUCGCAUAGGUGAAGAAAUUGCCGAAGUUAUAACGAAAAACAAUCCUCAACCGGUCAAAUUGAAAUUGGAAAAGGUUUACCAGCCAUGUAUUCUACAGACAAAAAAACGUUAUGUGGGCUAUAUGUAUGAGACGGCCGAUCAGAAGGAGCCUGUCUAUGAGGCAAAGGGUAUUGAAACUGUGCGAAGAGAUGGCUGUCCCAUGGUGGCCAAGAUGUUAGAGAAAGUUCUGCGCAUACUUUUCGAGACGGCCGAUGUCAGUCAGGUAAAACAAUACGUUUGCAGACAAUUUACAAAAUUAUUAUCCGGUCGGGCUAAUUUGCAAGAUCUCAUAUUUGCCAAGGAAUUUCGUGGAUUGAAUGGCUAUAAGCCAAGUGCCUGUGUACCAGCCCUGGAGUUAACCAGAAAAUGGAUACAAACUGAUCCAAGGCGAAUUCCCAGAAGAGGAGAGCGGGUGCCGUUUAUCAUAACCAAUGGACCCCCGGGAGUGCCCCUGAUACGAUUGAUACGACAUCCCCAUGAAGUGCUGGCAGAUGAAGGUCUUAAAAUCAAUGGGAUUUAUUAUAUAACUAAGGCCAUAAUACCGCCCCUUAAUCGUUGUUUGCUACUUAUUGGGGCCGAUGUCAACGAAUGGUUUACCAACUUACCUCGCAAAAUUCUUAUGACUCCUGCCUUAUCCAUGGCCAACGAGGUCAUAUCAACUUGUACCAGCAGCAAGUCAAAGAAAAGUACAAUUUCGCAAUUCUUCUCCACCACAAAUUGCAUUGUCGAUUGUGGCCGUCAGACUAAACUGGGUAUUUGUGAAACCUGCACCGGCAAUGCCACCCGUUCUAUGGUCAUAUUACAAACAAAAAUGUCCAAAAUCGAAAGAGGUUACCUGACAACUCAACACAUUUGUCAGGCGUGUUGUGGUCGUGUGGGCGAUUUGAAUUGCAGUUCCUUGGAUUGUCCGGUGCUCUAUGUAUUGGAAGGGAAACGUAGAGAUCUACAGCAGAUUGUACACUAUCGUAAUCUAGUGGAAGAGAGAUUUUAGUGAAUAUUUGGUUGCAGCUUGUAUUAUAUUUGUGUACAUUUUUUUUAAUUCCAAAAGUUAUUUAUUGUCAAUUUUAUAUUUUCUAUAUAAAAAUAUUCUAAAAUA